GAAUAACAAAUUAAAAGGGUCAAUUUUCUUCAAUUUUUCCCACAAUUCUCCUCUUCCGUUAAUCUUGAUUUUCAAUCAAAUAGUUGUGAUUAGUGAUUGAUUUUUUUUGUGGUAUAUGCUCUUAUCAAAGGUGGCGAAUCGAGAGGGCAGCGGCGACUACGCCAGAAUUCGGCCGGAGUUUACCACCGGAGCCACCACUUCUUCCUCCGCCGUGAGCGGUGAUGUUGAGACCAAUCCGUAUUUUUUCAUGCAGCAGCAGCACCAGCCGGAUUACCUGCUGUCGGCGGUGGUGUCGCCGCCGCCUCCGCCGCCGGAGCACCGCGAUAUGUCGGCGAUGGUGACGGCGCUGACCCACGUGGUUUCGGGGCAGCGGCACGGCAGCUCCGCCGUUGAUUCGCCUUCCUCCACUUAUUCGUCUUCCAGCUCCGGCUCGUGGGCCGGGCAGAAGCGGCCGCGCAACCACGACGACAGUGUCACGCAGUUUCCCGAUACGGCUUAUCUCGGGAUUGGAGCCGUUAAAGCUGAGCCAGAGUCCGGAGCUAGCGCCGCAGCGUCCGAGCCUCCCCAGCAGCCAGAACCCACGGCCGCGGCGCGGCCGCAAGAAGAAAGAAGGAAAAAAUACAGAGGCGUGCGGCAGCGGCCGUGGGGGAAAUGGGCGGCCGAAAUAAGGGACCCGCACAAAGCCGCGCGCGUCUGGCUCGGGACGUUCGAAACCGCCGAGGCUGCCGCCCGAGCCUAUGACGAGGCUGCUCUCCGCUUCCGAGGCAACCGCGCGAAGCUGAAUUUCCCCGAGCACGUGAGGGCACUGCCGCCGCCGCAGCCCUCGCGAUCCUCGCAAAUUGCGGCGGCUCCGCCGCCGAUGUUCCCGCCCGAUUACUGGCAAUACUCGCAGCUGCUGCAGAGCACCGGCGAUUUUCCGGCGGCGCAGCAAUCGGCGGCGAAUUUGUACGAUCAAAUGAUGUACGGAUCUUCAUCGGCGGGAUUGUAUUCGACAUCGCAUCAAUCGCAACAAUCGACAGUCUUCAAUUCCUCAAUUUCGCAAUAUCCGGUGAUGUUUUCCAGCGGCCAAACGAUACAUUUCACGCCGCCGGGAGGUAAUCAGCAGAAUCGCAGCGAUGGUGGUAGCGGAGAUGGUGGUGGUGCUAGUUUGCCGGCGCCACCGUGGACCUCCGGCAAUUAUCCUUCUUCCUCUACUUCGUAAUUUGUUAUUUUAACUAGUGUUUUUUUUUUUUUUUUUUUAAAUACUAAAAAUUAUACACACACAGAGAGGCAGCAAUUAGCAUGUAUUCUUUUUUUGCUGUUUUAUUGUUUUAUUUGAUUUUGUAGGAUUCUGAUAUUUUGUGAGGCAUUGGAUUUAGAUUGAGGAAAUAAAUUUGUUCUCGAAUUUUAUUCGAAUUUAAUGCUAA